AUGAGUCCGUUUUGCUGUGAGUCAGCAUGGCUCUGCCUGGCGGCCACCACCGCAGUGCUGGGGGGCAUCAUUCUGAGCAGAUCUAAGAGCCCACGGCAGCUGGGGAGCCGGGUGGUGUGCUUCGCUGGGCUCUGGGGAGGUGCUUGCCUGCUCAGCCUGUCCCUCUGCUACAGCUUACUCCUCUUCUCCUUGUCCUGCUUUCUCAUGUAUAUGUAUUCAUCUGACCAAGAGCUGUUACCUGUGGAUCAAAAGGCAGUGCUGGUGACAGGUACUGAUUCCGGUUUUGGCCACGGUUUGGCCAAACAGUUGGACAAGCUGGGCUUCACGGUGUUUGCCGGAGUUCUGGAUGAAAGGGGACCAGGGGCAGAGGAAUUGAGAAAAACCUGCUCCAAGCGCCUCUUGGUGCUUCAGAUGGACAUCACCAAGCUGGAACAGAUAAAAGAUGCUCACAGCAAAGUCCUAGAGAAGACACAGGACACAGGACUGUGGGCUCUGGUCAACAAUGCUGGCGUCUUCCAUUUGCCGAUAGACGGGGAGCUCAUUCCUAUGAGCAGCUACCGGAAGUGCAUGGCCGUGAACUUCUUCGGAGCGGUGGAGGUUACAAAGGUCUUCCUGCCUCUGCUCAGAAAAUCCAAGGGGAGACUGGUCAAUGUCAGCAGCAUGGGAGCUGAGGUCCCAAUACAAAUGAUGGCAGCCUACAGUUCUACCAAGGCAGCUCUGACCAUGUUUUCAUCCAUCUUGAGACAAGAGCUCUUCAAAUGGGGAGUCAAAGUUGCCAUCAUCGAACCCGGAGGCUUCAGUACAAACUUCCCAGGCACACCUGACCUUUGGGAAAAGAUGGAGAAGGAUGUCCUGGACCACCUCCCCAAAGAGGUUCAGGAAGACUAUGGCCAGGACUACAUCCAGCUGCAGAAGGACACCCUUAAGAUCAUGAAGACCAGGUCCAGCCCGGACAUUACCCCGGUGCUCCGGGAUAUCCAACAUGCCAUUUCUUCGAAGAACCCCUUCCCCAUUUAUACCCCAGGGAGGCUGACUUACCUGUGGAUCUUCAUUGCCUCCUGUUCCCCAAUCAGCUUAUUGGACUAUAUUUCACAAAAGAUUUUCAAGCCAAAACACCUGCCAAGAUCUCUAAGCACGCCAUAUUAGAAGAGCAAGGCCUUAUAGGCAAUGGGGUGGGAGAUGUCACCUUCUUAGAAUGAAAGGGAAACUUCCUAUUAAACUCAUUUCCUAUUUUGAAA